ACCAAGAAAAAAAAAAUUACCUCGCGACCCAGACCGACCGACGACGCAAACCCGUUUUCCCCUCGCUGGGUUUUAUCAAAAUACCUAUCGCCGACGUCGAGACCCGCCCGUCUACAUACCUCGAAACCGCCCAACACGCAUGUGCGUGCCAUCAUAGACCAUGGAGAGCAUUCAACUGGCGCAGAUGCUGGCUGACCUCAGCGAUCUGGAUGCUGCACAAGAAGCAGCAGCCGCCCUUGCGCUGGUCAACGCCAACAAGGGCCUGCAAGCGACGGCCGCGAUUCCGGACCAUGUCCGCAGCACACUGAAGCUGCCUGCGGAUGGGCGCCACCAUCACCGCGUCAACUCGUCCUCGGCCUCGGCUGGCCGCACCGCUUCCCCCGCCUCCAGAUUUGACCACUUCGGCCGUCGAAUCUUGACUCCGCCCAUGACCCGGAGCAGCUCCAGCCAUGGCUCCCUGCCGGGAACUCCACGGAGAGAAUCAGAGAACGAAGAGGAAGUCGACCGAGCGUCCACACUCAUGUCGCUCUACGAGAUCCGUGCCAAGAUCAAGCAGCAGGACAACUCGAGCCUGAUGAGGGCACGAGAGAAGGUGCAGGCCUUGGCUGCGAGGCAGCAGGCCCAGGCAGCAGAGAAGAAGGAAGCGCACAAUCGCUACAGCUUUCCGAGACACCCCUGAUUAACCCCGUAUGGCCCAACCUACGACGUCGCUUGCCGCGCCGUCCGGUUCAGCCAACAUUCACGAAAUCAACGUUUGACGGGACACAUUCCUUACCCACUUCUAUCUACUAUGCGCUGCACUAUCACGCUUUCUAAAGGACUCGGCAGCACCGGAGUUAUGAGGUUCGACGGGCAUUUAAUCACGGAUUCACUGGCGUCUUGUUCUGGUGUAUUUUGGUUCCUUUCCUUUGCCCACAUCAUUUCUUUUCCUUCCCUUUUCCUUCCUCUCCUUCCUUACGGGCCAGAAAAGAUGGGUGGAUGAGCGUUCUCCGGAUAUGUAACAACAUACUUUUCUCCCCUUUCGUUUCAUUUAUUUUACAACUGGGCACGUGUGUCGCCGAUUCUUUUUGCCUACAUGCUUCUAUUAUGGCCACCACGCAUCAUCAUACGCGCACGUGGGAGAUGUUUCUAUCAGGGUACUGGGCACAUUGGCAUGGACGGGGCAUGGACGGGGCAUGGACGGGGCAUGG